UGACGAACUGUCAAUCACGUUCAAUCAUUCCACAAGUUGAAUAUCCGCGAAAUCGCAUCGUUUGCUCGCUCGUUUUGCUGUUGAGUGCACCAAGCUUAUAAAAAUCAGCUUAAUCCUCAGCUAUGAGUUUUACAUUCGGAACUCCAGGUGCCGCUGGAUUAUCACCGGCUUUGGGAGCAGCUGCUCCGGCCAUUACCACGGCUGCCAGCACUGGAUUCGCUUUUGGAGCUUCUACUUUUGGACCCGGCACAUCAGCGGCAACGGCGCCAGCUGCAGCAAUCACAACAGCUUCUACAGCGGUACCAGCGGCAGCACCUACGCUCAGUUCCAUAACACCUGCUGUUUCUGCCGCGACUACCACCAGCAAUCAGCCUUCGUUGGAAAGCUUCACUGUACCGAAACCGACCAAUCAAACACAACCUGCUGCAAAUCUUACAACGACUACCCAAACGACACAAUCCGCUUCCGUUUCCGGCGCACAACAGCUGAACUUUUGUCAACUAGAGGAAUUCAUCAACAAAUGGACCUUGGAGCUGGAGGAGCAGGAAAAAUUGUUUACCAACCAAGCCACGCAGGUCAACGCAUGGGACAAGCUCUUGCUGGGAAACGGAGAAAAAAUCGUCGCUCUGAACGAAGCUGUCGAAAAGGUCAAAGCCGAGCAGGACGCUAUGGAGCAAGAACUCGAAUUCAUCACCGCGCAGCACUCAGAACUUGAAGAGUGUAUCCUACCACUGGAGGAGGAACUGUCCAAAAUCGUACAGGUGGACAUCGAGCGGGGCCAGACGUACUCGAUGGCGGAAACUUUGGAUUCCCAGCUGAAACAGAUGUCGGAAGAUCUCAAGGAAGUGAUCGAGCACCUGAACGAAUCGAACAAGUACUCGGACCCCAGCGAUCCGCUGGUGCAGAUUGGAAAGAUUCUGAACGCCCACAUGAACUCGCUGCAAUGGAUCGAGACGUCGACGUCGGGGAUCACCAAUCGGCUGGAGGAGAUCAGCAAGAUGCACGAUGCGCUGCGGAAGGACAACGAGCGGUCGUUCCGCUUGACGUACUACGAUAAUUGAUAGGAUUUUCGUCUGUAUUUCUCUCAAUAAAAGUUAGAUGUUAAUUUAA